AGCAUUCGCCUGCUUGAGUACAUCUACGGAUUGUCUGUCGUAUGUUUUGUUUAGCUUUCGACCAGAUUUUAUAGUUUUGUUCUCAGCUAUAACUAAAAGCCAAAAGACGUUAGAGUAAUUAAUUAAUGUACGUUUAUGUUACAUAUGUAGAUUCGUCGGCAGCAGCACAUUCGCUCUUACUGGUCCUCCGGCUGACCGCAGAGGCGAACAUGGCGUCAGCCAGCAGUCUGUCCCUGCUGGGCUUCAAGCAGCUGUCAGUCCACCUGGUGGACUGUUUGAAGACACCGACAGACCCGAGACUAGCUAUAAAACUGGAGCCAGAAGGUGAGCAGCAGAUACUUAGUCCUCGAUCUGAAGGAGCCGUGCUUGGUGGACUGCAUGAAACCUCCAGGACCAAACGGACACAUGGUCGAUCUGGCAGCACAGCAGAGUCACAUUAGCAUCAAGGUCGAGUUAGAAGACGACAAGGAGCAGUUUGACGUCUGUGAGAAUGGGCAGCAUAUAAACACAGAACUGGACCAGAAGCCAGACUGGUGUGACACAAACGAAGGAAGAGGAGCGUCGGAGUGUGACGACGAAGACCUCAACUGUGAGGAAACUAAAACUGAAGAAACGGAUGAACUGCAGCUGAGUCACGCGGUGUCACUCACUGGGACACAGUUAGUGAUUGAGGAGGAUGGUGGCGACUCCGAUGGGGUGGUACGUCCCAAACAGGACUACAGGUCAUCAGAGUGCCUUAAAACAGCCGUGCUCAGUAGUUCAGAGGAGCGUCAAGAGGAAACAGAUGUGAAAUCACAAAACAGGCCCUCAGACGACAUCACCACACCGAAGCCACAUGGAGCAGAUGUGGAAGCCUCUGAGCCUGAGGGUGGAGGUAAAAACAAAGGUGAGAUGAACCAGCAGGAAGGUGCAUGCAAAGCCCGACAUCACCACUGUGAGCACUGCGGGAAAUCCUUUGCAAGGAGGAGCAAUGUCAUCAGACACCAGCGGCGUCACUGCAGCAUGACAGGAGGGGCGCCGAGCCAGCCAGAGUCAGAACGGACCGAGCAGGAGACGUAUUCGUUCGACGAAUGCAGCUCGACGUCCUGCGCUAAACCACACUUAAGACUGCAUGUGCACAUCCACACAGAGAACAGGGAAAACCACGGGGGUAAAGAAACGUCUGAAGAGGCUCCGCGAGAGAGACGUCACGCAUGCAAACAAUGCAGUAAGAGUUUCUACUUGCUGCACACCCUCCGUCAGCACCUCCUCACCCACACGGGAGAGAAAUCUUACAGCUGCAAGGUGUGUGGGAAGCAGUUCGGAAGGGAGGGCACCCUGAAGGAGCAUCAGGUGAUCCAUACGGGGGAGAAACCAUUUAAAUGUGAACAGUGUGGCAAGACUUGUGCCCGGAGGGGAGACCUGAAGAUCCACAUGCUCAGUCACUCUGAUGAGAGGCCAUACAGAUGCACCUACUGUGGGAAAAGCUUCAAGUAUCAGGCGAAACUGAAGCAGCACGAACGGGUCCACACGGGGGAAAAACCGUAUCUGUGCAAGCUGUGUCCGAAGCAGUUCAGAACCCACAUGUCGCUCACGGCUCACCAGUACACCCACUCAGGAGAGAAACCCUUCAAGUGCAACCUGUGCCCGAAGGCCUUCAGCAUCAGGAACAACCUGAAGAAGCACCAGAGGAUUCACACCGGAGAGAAACCCUACAGCUGCUCACACUGCGGCAAGGACUUCCGGCUCCUGCAGCACCUCGUCAUCCACGAGCGCGGCCACACCGGGGAGAGACCGUACAGGUGUGACAAGUGUGGGAAAGGUUACGCACACUCAUCAGGUCUGAAAACACACCAGUCCACUCACGAGGAGAAGCCGCCGCAUUGCUCUGCGUGCGGGCGGGACUUCGCAGAGCUCGCGGCGCUGACCGGUCACGAGUGUGGACAGCUGGCGGAGAAACCACACAGUUGCUCCCAGUGCGGCAAGCGUUUCUCCCAGAUGUCGAACCUGAAGACGCACCAGCUGGUCCACACAGGGGAGAAACCCUACAGGUGUAAAGAGUGCGGGAAGCAGUUCAACCACAAAAGCAACCUGACCAAACACGAACGCAUUCACACAGGCGAGAAGCCCUUUGAGUGUGAGCGCUGCAAGAGGGGCUUCAGGCUCCUGCAGCACCUCAUAAACCACCGACUAACACACACCAAGAAAGAUGCAAGACUUUGUAUCUGAGAUUUUGGACCCUCUUUUGUUGUGGAAGCUUAAAAAAUUUGAUCGUAAUGAAAUAGUUUGGAUUAACGAGCUGUGACUCUGCCCCCACAUGCUCUGUGGCUCUGUAUGAAUGUGUGUGUUUGUGUGUUGUUUCACGUUUUAAAAUGACGUGGAGGUCUUUUCUGUCGUGUCUGUCAGUCGGUCAGAUAUGUUUGUUCUGUUGGUUCCUGCAGUCACAAAUUAACAACUACAUACCCAAAAAUAAGACAAGAACACAUUUCAGUGGUGCUUAUUCCCCAGAAUUUAACUCAACCUGCACCCUAACUUAGGAUAAAUUAACCUUUUAACUUGUUUCCGACCUUUUCAACAUAUUCAUGAUAGAACGUAGUCUUAAUUUCUCGUGUGAGUCACUUUCAGGAGAUCAUACCGACCUCGUGAGCAUUUCUGGACUUUGAAUGUUUUUCUUCGCUAAGAGUUGUCCACAGUUUGUGUGACGAGCUGGAGACAGCAGCUGCAGCGGCGCCCCCUGCUGGGAAAACCACUGAUCAAAUAUGACGCAUCAGCAGUCUCAGAUUGUUUAAAGCUACACAGUUCAGUCUGUUUUUUCUUGAUUGUGUUUUUUGUAUGUUUCUUGUUGCACUGAUGUUUCUAUUCUUUAAUAUUGUUUAAUUUUGCAAUAACAACCCACAGUUCAUCGUGCGGUAUUUCUAGCACUUUUAUUUAACUGUGUUGUAUGUAAGUGUACACAAAAAAGUCUGCACAACUUAAUUUUUCAUCCAAAUUCUGGACUGAAAAUAAUCUACGCUCAAGUUAGAGAGCUAGAUGGUCAUAUUGUUCAAAUAUCUGUGUGUUAUACAUGAAACUGAAGCUAACAGUCCGACACCCACAGAUUAAACAAAAUAUGACGUGUGGAUUAGUGAGCCUUAGCAGUGUGAAUUUUAUCACAUCUGUUGUUGCGGCUAGCUGUUUCCCUCUGUUUUUAGUCUUUGAGCUAAGCUAAGCUAAUUGCUCUCUGGCUGUAUCGUCAUAUUAGGAACAGUAAUGAGAGUAGCAUCAAUUUUAAAUAAUAAAGGAUUUUUUUGGGUAGGAAAGCUGCUAAAUAUGAAGCCGCAGCCAGAAAGAAGGCAAAUGAACUGUUCAUUUAACUUUUCACUAAUUUAACAACAAUAAAC